GUGUCCUGGAUUAAAAACUGAGCAGGAUGGUGAUGACUGCAUGUGCUGGCUUGUAUUUAUGUGUGUCAGAGAGACAUCACUGCUGGAUGGCCUCACCACGACAGGUGACUGAGAGUCCACAGCAGGAGCCUGGUGACCUCAUCCAACCCAGAAAGCUGCCAAAUCCCAUGCUGGCUUCUCACCAACACAAAUCACUACACCAAGAGCUGCUAUUCUGCCACAAAAGAGGUCUGCUGCCCAGAAAAAAGCCUGAGCUGCAGUGCGUGCUGGAACAGAAAGAGCAGCACAAGCAGAGGGAGCUGGCCCUCUCACUUCCCUCCGACUUGGAGGUGAAGCUACGCAGGAGGCAGCAGAGAAUACAAAUCUACGAGCUGGAGGAGAAGAAGAGGAGUGAGAGCCUGCAGAAUAUACCGGAGUUUGUACGUGUGAGGGGAACCCUGAGACGGGUCCAAACUUUUUCUUGGUGAUGACAGCAAAGUGACACUUAAUGACAUUAUCGUGGAGCCCUGACAAGUUCCUACAAAGUCGGUUAAAAGGAUCCUUUACUGGCAACUGCAUAAAUUUCUACUGAAAUCAUCAAAAUUGAUCAGUAUUACUUUGAGACUAAUGUUGAAGUAUAAUGGAUUGUUUAUUUCAAUGGCAGUUUGGAGUUGUAAAAUCCUCCUGUGAGAGUAUUUUCUCUUAAAAGUGUGUUGUGUAAAGAUAAUAAACC